AUGUCUCCAUACUUUGGACUCCUUAGGGUCCUUCCCUUCCUCCUCACAGCCUUUGCGUCUUUAGCUUCAUCCGAGCACACAUCGAAUUGGGCCGUCUUAGUUUCGACCUCGCGCUUUUGGUUCAAUUACCGCCACCUCGCAAAUGUCCUCUCGCUGUAUCGUACCGUCAAGCGCCUCGGAAUCCCCGAUUCGCAGAUUAUCCUGAUGCUUCCCGACGAUAUGGCCUGCAACCCUCGCAAUGUGUUCCCGGGAACAGUCUACAGCAAUGCGGAUCGUGCAGUCGACCUUUAUGGAGAUAAUAUUGAGGUGGAUUACCGGGGCUACGAGGUCACCGUGGAGAAUUUCAUCCGCCUUUUGACCGAUCGGCUAGACGAAGAUGUACCACGGAGCAAACGCCUUGGCUCUGACGCGGGAAGUAACGUACUUGUGUAUAUGACAGGACAUGGAGGAGACCAGUUUCUCAAGUUUCAGGACUCCGAGGAGAUUGGCGCCUGGGACUUGGCGGAUGCCUUCGGUCAGAUGUGGGAGAAGAAGCGUUAUCACGAGCUACUGUUCAUGAUCGAUACUUGUCAGGCCAACACGAUGUAUACGCAUUUCUAUUCGCCCAAUAUCAUUACCACCGGGUCCAGUGAGCUUGAUCAGUCGUCAUACUCUCAUCAUGCCGACAACGAUGUUGGAGUUGCAGUGAUUGACCGUUGGACCUACUACGUCCUCGAGUUUCUUGAAACCCAGGUCACAAAUGCGAACUCUAAACUGACGUUGGGCGACUUGUUCGAUUCGUAUGACGAAACCAAGAUCCACUCACAACCAGGCGUGCGAUGGGAUCUGUUCCCUGGUGCCGAGCAGGAGGGCCGCCUACGAACGGUGGUGGACUUCUUCGGAAACGUCCAGAACAUUGAGGUUGAGAAUACCACUGCGACAGACCCAGGAUCCCUAAAAGAAGAUCUCAUUGAAAUUGCGCGACUGGUUGAGAAAUGGCGCGCUCGCGACCGAGACUACCUGGUCCGUCAAAACGACUCAUCGCUUCGCGGAGGUAACGACAACUCUGGAUCACAAGUUUCUUCAUCACAGUAUUCGGCGCGGAAGAACUUUGAGCCUGCCAAAAUGUCCCAAGAAGCUCCUUGGGAAAAAAGAUUAGUCGGAGCAUCUGUCUUGGGGGUCUGCGCUGCUGCCUGGCUGACUGGAUCGAUCUUAGGCAGGUCCUCGGUUUGA